AUGGAGGACCCGCUCCUGUCGGCGGCGCCCAUCAACCCCAACAACUUCCCCGCCAAGCUGUGGCGCCUGGUCAACAGCCCGCGCUUCCGCUCCAUCCGCUGGGACGCCCGCGGCGAGGGCCUCCUCAUCGACCAGCCCCUCUUCGAGGCCGAGCUGCUGGGCGCGGGCGGCGGGGGAGGCCUGAUGGCGGCGGGGCCCGGGGGGGGCGAGGGCGUCCCGGCCCCGUCCCCCUCGGCGCCGCCGCCGCCGCCGGCCCCCUCCUCGCCGGAGCUCUUCAAGACCACCAACUUCACCAGCUUCAUCCGGCAGCUCAACCUCUACGGCUUCCGCAAGGUGGUGCUGGGCCCGCCCGGGGGAGGCGGAGCCGGAGGAGGAGGAGGCGGGCCCGGCGGUGGUGGGGCCUCGCCGCCACCCUCCUCCUCCUCCUCCUCGUCCCCCGGCGGGCCCCUCCACCACUUCCACAGCCCCCACUUCCGCCGCGACCGGCCCGACCUGCUGGUCCACCUCAAGCGCCUCACCAGCGCCAACAAGGCCAAGCUGGCCGCCGGCCUGGAAGUCACCAGCCGGCCGCCCAACCGCUUCCAGCGCCUGCUCAGCACCUCCCUCCACGGCGGAGGCGGCGGCGGCGGCGGCGAGGCCCUCCUGGCCCACCAGCCCCAGCCCGCCCCGCAGGGACAGCCGGCCGCGUCGGCCGCGGCCAAAAACGGCGACAGCAAGCCCGGGCAGUUUCACCGGUCUUUUCGACGAGACAGCUUAUCUCCAUACUCCUACCUGUCACCGUCGCACAACCAAAAUACUUUUCCAUUGAAAGGUUCAGAUCGGACUCCUCCUCCUCCCAGAACAUGGCCGAACUCCCUCGGGAUGCUCCCAGGGCAGGUGGAAGCGUCUACUUUUUCAGACAAAAGGGUUCCAUUCCCUGUGCUCCAGAGGUUUCCGACAGAGGUAACUUACACUCUGCAGCCCAGCGCUACAUCUGUGCACAUACAGCAAGGGCCCCAGACAAUGGCCACGUCUUCUCAGAAAUACGGCAGCUAUGCGGCUUCAGCACCCUACUCCCAAGCCUACUACCCGACAGCUGUAUUACAGUGCUGCUCUCCGCCUACCCAUAUGGAUCCCUUAAGUGGUUGUGCCAGCCCUACAGCCUCGACCUAUACACACUGCACCUAUUUCCAGAAUCCACCGAUGCAGUCUUCAUACCCAGUUGAAUUUUUGCCUUCCAACUGGCCCUGCAACCCUUCUGAUGAAACCAAGAAGACCGAAGUCAACUUGGAGGCCGUCUUCCAGAUUGUGGAUGAGAUGCAUUCAUCUCCCAAGCUGGAAAUGGUAAAGGUGGAGCCAGUGGAGAACCAGGGUCCUACCUCACAGCCCAACCGAGGCCAACAGUUGCUCAUCAGUCCAGGGAACAGCGAGGUGCCUACAAGUCAAGCCAGCCACCUCGAGCCUCUGACGCCUGUGAGCUCCGAUAUAACCUCCUUUGUGGUAGAAUCCGAUCAAGCGAUAGCCUGCUCUCUGCCACAGUCUCCAGAGUUUAUUUACACAAUCCACACCACCGAACCUGUGGAGAAUGCCUCUGCACAGAUGAUGCCUCCACCUGUCGCCACCCAGCAGACACAAGUAAAACUGAAGGAACAGCUGAACCAAACUUCAGCGCAGUCAUCCAUGGUGUUUGUACAGGAAGAACUUCCCUUCCAUCAGCAGCAGGACAGUCCCAACAUCAAGUGUCAGACGAGUCCAUCAGAGACAGUUGUGUCUUCAGAGCAGAUAGGAUUCCUCAUUUCGGAGGUGGGUCCCCUCAGCAAAUCUGUCAAAGAUUCAGUUUCCUCCAUCCAAAGCAAAUGCAGAGAACGAAGAAGCAGCUCGCAGAAGGGCAAAUCUCCUGAUCUACACCUGCUAGUGGAUGUGGCUUGCAAACAAGAGCACUUUCCAAAGGAAGAAGAAUUAAGGGAGUGA